UAACGGACAAGCCUUUUAAAAUGGGUUGAAUUCUAAUUAAAGGAGUGGUUUUCGUCGCGAAUCCUUUCAAUCCGAUGAUAACUUGCAAUGGGCUUCAUUCAUCCAAUAAUCUUUCACUUGCAAUGAGCCUUCACUAAACUCAAGGUUAAAACACAUUUAACAAUUAGCACCUGUCAGCCGCACGAAACUUCCCUUUCUCCUCUCCAGUAACAAACUCCUUUUUUAAGGAAGGAAAAAAAACACCAAAUCCUACACAAAACAAAGCAGCACAACAUGAAAGCCGAAGAUCAUUCAGAUCUACCACACCACCGCCACCGGAUCCACCAGAAAAGGCUGGUGGCUCUCGCCUUCAAGAAGUACUCCAAACCGGCUGCCUACCUUAUCAUCCUCCUCUUAGCGUAUGCCCUGGGUUAUGCAUCCCACUCACAACCAAGACUUUCUCAAUCGGCCAGGGAUUUACUCGACCACAAUAAUUUCUUAGGCCAGUGCUCCAGCCCAGUCCCCCCUGCCAAUGUCCGCCAAACAAUCCUUCAUCGAGUCUUCAACGGCACCUCUCCUUGGGAAAACUUCCCCCCAGAUCACGUAAAGAACCUGUUGUUUCCGGAUUGGAAGAAGGGGUGGGGAUCACAUGGCGCCGUUUUCGAGAACCUGAUUCGCCGGGUGCGGCCCAAGACCAUCAUAGAGGUGGGAAGUUUCCUUGGGGCGUCGGCCACUCACAUGGCAGAAUUGACCCGGAAGCUGGGGUUGGAGACUCAGAUAAUCUGCAUUGACGACUUUCGAGGUUGGCCCGGGUACUACGACGGUGGAAAGAGCCUGAAAUUGGUGAACGGGGACAGUAUGCUGUUGUUCCAGUUCAUGAAGAACGUGGUCAACGUGAGGGCGUCGGAGUCAAUCAUGUUUCUGCCAUUCUCGGCCGGCACGGCGCUGGCGGGGCUGUGCGACUGGGGGGUUUAUGGUGACUUGAUAGAAGUAGACGCGGCUCAUGACUUUCAUUCGGCUUGGGCGGACAUUAACAACGCUUACAAGGUUUUGAGGUCUGGUGGUGUUCUUUUCGGGCAUGACUAUUUCUUGGAGGUUGACAACUAUGGCGUUAGAAGGGCUGUCGAUUUGUUUGCUCGGCUCAACGGUUUUCGCGUCGACGUUGACGGAGAGCACUGGGUCCUUGCCUCGCCUUGAUUUCUUGAUUCUUGUUUUAUUUUUUUAUGGGAAAUUGAUUUUCAUACAGUUGAGUUCCUCAUCUGCCCUUUCUUUUCUUUUCUUUUCUUUUUUUUAAAUUAAUUGCGCUGUCCGGUGGUAUUGUUAUUAUUGCCAGGUCUUUGUUUUUUAUAAGGUUCCGAAAAGGAAACGUCGUCUUCUCUGAUCGAAAGAAGGGGCUUUGUUACAAAACCAAUAUUAUUUUUUUAAAAAAAACAAAUAUUAAAUUGAA